AUGGCGGAUCCUCUGCUUACUUCCCUUUGCGCCAUCUGCCAUACAUCAGUUCCUCAAUACAAAUGCCCUCGCUGCAACAUCCGCACCUGUUCCCUAGCCUGCGUCAAGAAGCACAAAUCUUGGUCGCAAUGCAGCGGCGAACGCGACCAGACGGCCUAUGUCCCCAAAUCCAGGCUGGCGACCGCUGCGGGCGUUGACCACGACUACAACUUCCUCCACAGCAUUGAGAGGGCAUCCGAGCGCGCGGAGAGAGUUCUUGUAGAGGAUAAGGGCAUCAUACAAAAGGACGAACUGCGACCGCUAACGGUGGAGGAAGUGAGGUGGCAAGUCGGCCGAGACGGCAGGAAGAGAAAAGUCCUGGUGACGAGGCUCAUGAGAAGAUCAAAGGAGAGAGCAGUGGAUAAGCUCCUUGCGAACAAAUUGAGAAACUUGGGGACAGAAGUCGUGUCUUUACCGCAGGGCAUGACGAGGCAGAGGGAAAAUCACACGACGGUGAAUAGGAAAUCUGGUCGAAUCAAUUGGCAGGCGGAGUGGUUCACUUUCGAGAAGACGAAGACCGAUGGCGGCGACGAUGCGAACGAGUUGAAUAAGAUACGGACGCUUUCGAAACUCUCAGACGAUGUGCCGCUGUACAAGGGAUAUAGUGCGUUGCUGGAAACCCAGGCAAAGACGCAGGGCAAAGUGCAGAAGAGGGCCUUUAGGGGAGUUGCCCAGAACCCAUGGGAUUCUCAUUGGCACAUGGCGAGCGACUGUCUGCAGGAUCCUCAGACAGGCGGUUGGAUUUCCAUUCGGACGGCGUCAAUUGAUGCGUGGCCGCGAGACGAUGAGUCUCAGCGGCGGCGGUUCCAAUUUUUCCUUGCAAGUUCGAAAAAGCGAUCUGAUAAAAGGGUCACAUUGGCACCCGUUCGAGCUGAGGAUUGUCUUCGAAACAUUUUAUCAAAUACAAAAGUCAUCGAAUUUCCGGCCAUAUAUGUCCUAGAAGAAGGGGAAGCUCUGCCGGCUGGAUAUGUGCUUGGGCCCAAGGACCCGGCUAGCCCGCCUGAAGAGGAGCAAUGGCGAGGUGCAAAACGCAAGGGCGGGCCGCAACAAUGGAAGAAGCCAGAACGACCUGUGAAGAGAAGACCAGGUGAUAGGGAAGGCCUGGAAGAAGGUGAGCUCGGGAGUGAUGGAGGCACGGAUGAAGAAAAUGAUAGCAAGGCCAAAGAGGGCGCUGAAGCAGGCGAUGUGAUUGCCGAGCAAAUCUUGGGCGAGGAUGAGGAUGACGACACGACGAGUAGUGAUGAGUGCACGAGCAGCUCAGGCUCUGACAGUGAUUAA